AUGGUUUUAGCAUCAGUUACAUGUACUGCACCAGUUAAUAUUGCAGUUAUCAAAUAUUGGGGAAAGAGAGAUGAAAAUAUUAUUUUACCAUUAAAUUCAUCACUCAGUGGAACUUUACAUCAAGAUGACCUCAAGACAACAACAACUAUUGUUGCAUCAGAAGAUUACACUGAAGAUGAACUUUACUUAAAUGGAAAAAAAGAAGAUAUUAAUGCAGUUAGAUAUCAAAAUGUUUUAAAAAUGAUUAGAUCAAGAGCAACAAAAUUAAUGGAUAAAAAACAUUGUGUACAUAUUGCAUCAAUUAAUAAUUUCCCAACAGCAGCAGGAUUAGCAUCAAGUGCAAGUGGAUAUUGUUGUUUAGUAUUUACAUUGGCACAAAUGUAUGGUGUCGAUGGUGAUAUUAGUGGUAUUGCAAGAUUGGGAUCAGGUAGUGCAUGCAGAUCAAUGUAUGGUGGAUUUGUUAAAUGGGAGAUGGGCACCAAAGACGAUGGUUCCGACUCGAUUGCAGUUCAAGUGCAACCAGAAUCACACUGGCCAGACAUGAACAUCAUCGUAUUGGUUGUCAACGAUAAGAAGAAGGAGACAUCAAGCACUGAUGGCAUGCAAAAGAGUGCUGCCACCUCGGUGAUGAUGAAGGAGCGUUGUGCAGUCACUGUACCAAAUAGAAUGAGAGAUAUCGAGGAGGCAAUCAACAAGAAGGAUUUCCAAACCUUUGGAGACAUCACCAUGAAAGAUUCCGACGACUUCCACGAAGUUUGCGCCACCACCACACCACCAAUCUACUAUCUCAACGACACCUCUCGUUACAUCAUGAAUUUAAUUCACCGUUAUAAUAAACUCAGUGGUUCCAUUAAAUGUGCCUACACAUUUGAUGCUGGCCCCAACGCUUGUAUCUACUUACCUGCUGAAAGCACCACUGAGGUACUCUCACUCUUUAUGAAACAUUUCCCUGGUGAUGAUAUGCAAACCUAUUAUCGUGGUCCAAAGGAAAACAUUCCAUCAAUUGAAAAUUUCGUUCCAUCUGAAAAAUUAGCUUCCCUCUACACUCCAGAUACUACCUUUGUUAAUUCUCUCAAAUAUAUCCUUCAUACUAAAGUUGGUCCAGGUCCACAAAUCUUAUCAGAAUCUGAAUCUUUAAUUGAUAAUACAACUGGUUUACCAAAACAAUUAAAUUAA